UUAACCGUUCACUAUCAACCGGCUCCAGUGAACUUUGACUCUCUGAUGCUCUGUGGUUCACUGACGAGUGAGGCAGCAGAGGGGGGGGAAGGUGUUUACCAGUUUUUAAUGUUUCUUAUUCUGGUCAGAUGAGGGUAAAUGAGGACAUGAGGGACUGUGGAUUCAUGAGUUAAAGCUCUCGGGGAAGAUGACUCAGAACAUGUUUCAGGAGGGGCUGUACCAGGUGUUCUUUAAAGAGAGGCCUACGACCGGCCCACAGGCCCAGGCCGGUGUUCAGGUGGAGCUGGACAAUGCUAGGAUCCAUCGCUGGUUCGGGACUGUGGUCAACACCAGGCUUCUGGUCAGCGGGGUGGUUCAGGUCCUCAGUGCGUUAGUGUGCGUUCUGACCACAGUCACUCACGCUUGUGUGAGCUACAACUGCGCCAUCUCCAUGACAACGCCUGUGUGGUCGAGCCUAUCUUACGUGGCUGCAGGAUGUCUGGCAAUGGAGGUUCAGAGAAAAGCCACAAAACUAAAGAUCAUCAUCCUGAUGGCUCUGAACGUCUUCAGUCUUCUGUUUGGAUUCUCUGCUCUCCUGGCCAACAGUCUCACCUUCACACACCCUGCUCCUCUCAGCACGAACCAACAGCGUGCCGGCUCUUAUGUUGCGAGGGGAACUUCUGUAGCCUUCAGUGUUUUCUGUUUUCUGUCAUCACUCUACAUUCUCUUCCUGUCCUGGAGAGGCCUGCGUCGCUACUCUGCUCCUCAGGCUCAGGCCUACAACCGGCUCACACAGGAUCCGGAUGAAACAAAUGGACCUUUACUGGACCAAGAGGAAAUCCUCCCUCUCCUCCUCUCUGAGGGUCAGCGUGUGAGAGGGAAGUGACUGGGGCCUGGAUGUGAUGACAAGAGAGUGAGUGUGUGCGGAAGUGGUGACUCCAUGUGGAGACUCUCACUGAUACUCUGACCUCUCAGCUGAGCGGCCUGGAAGGUUUUCAAUCUGUGAGGAAGUGAGGGAUUAAAUAACUUCCUGUCUUUGAUUUUCAAUGAAGAAAAAAACCAGACGAAAGCAUCAUCUUGAGAACAUUCAUCAAUAAUUUAUUUUUCUUACUCUCAAGAACCACCACGGCUUCUCAUCUUGAAAAUUCAUCAUCAAUUUCCAACAACACAGUUUUGAAAAAUGUAAAGUUACUAUACAAAUUUUUAAUAGAAAAAAGAAUAAAUUAACUGUGGAAUUCAGUUUUUUUUUUCUUA